AUGGGAAGCUCGCACCGCCUAGCCGCCGUCGCGGCCGCCUCACAUGCGAGGCAAUACUACAACCACACCACAAACCCUGAUGUCUCCCAGACAGAAGCCCCGCAGUACAGCGUCAAUGUUCUCUUCGUCAGUGCGACACUAUGCGGUGUAUUGGUUGCCGUGUGCGCCGCGUGCUGGAAGAGAUCGCCCGCGGGUGAUAAGCCCGAGGAGGAGUGCGCAGGAGUUUAUACCGUCAGCGGCGACGCGCGGCUGAACCAGGCCAGUCCUGACACCAGGGUUGAUGAGAUUCAAGACGAGAUGACGGGGCCACCGCCAGCGUACGACACCGUCGUUGUCAAUGACGAUGCUGCUGUGCCUAAGGAUUGUUCCUUGCAGGAGGUGAUAACAGAGCCAUGUCCACGCUGUAUACCUCACAGACCUGACAGCGGCCUGCCGUCGUACGAAGCCGCUGUUUUACUGAAGGAUACGAAGUUAUAAUACGCCUUGAAACAGCUCGUCGCGCAUUGCUAGGAGUAGGCAUUUUCUUUACUAUAGAGCGACAAGGAACUUUUGGUGCGUGGUCAUUAUGCAGGCCUUAUUUCAUGUACUAUAUCACUGCCACCUGUAUUAUCUAUUGGUAUCGCCGCCUUAUGCUACAGUUCACCUCUAAGCCCUACCCUAUCUGUAGAUAUAUGAUGUGUUACC